AUGUACUGCCUUCAGUGGUUGCUACCUGUCCUGCUCAUACCCAAGCCCCUCAACCCAGCGUUGUGGUUCAGUCACUCGAUGUUCAUGGGCUUCUACCUGCUCAGUUUCCUCCUGGAACGGAAACCUUGCACAAUUUGUGCCUUGGUCUUCCUGGCAGCUCUAUUCCUCAUCUGCUACAGCUGCUGGGGGAACUGCUUCUUGUAUCACUGCACAGGAUCCCAGUUGCCAGAAUCGGCUCACGAUCCCAGCGUAGUGGGCACCUAG